AUGAAAUCUGAAGUAUCACAAGCACUUCAAAACGGCGCUAGUUCCUUGCCACGCAAGUCACGCCGUCAAGAGAAAAGUGUCUUGAAAAAGAUUGCCAAACACCAACGUAAAGGCAAUUUAAGAAGAAACCUAAAUAAUCUCAAGCAGAACAGUGUGAGAAAAUAUAAAGAAGAAAGAACUGAUGCUGGUCCUCCUUCCCACCCAGCAUUCCAAGAUUGUCGAUCUGUUGAAGAGUUCCACUACCUCAAUAGAAUUGAUGAAGGAGCAUUUGGUGUUGUGCACAGAGCAAGGGACAGACUUACAGGGGAAGAAGUUGCUUUAAAACAACUCAAAAAGAUCAAUCAGAGGGAAGGACUCUCCAUCGCCGCUCGGAGAGAACUAGAAAUCUUGCUUAAUAUGAAGCAUGUCAACGUAGUCACAGGAUGGGGAAUUGCGGUCAACUCCUUGGGCGAGGAAGUAUUUAUUAUAAUGGAGUACGUUGACUACGACCUCAAGAGUUUCUUGGAGACGAUGCAAGUCAACCGACAAAUGUUUACAACAGAACACGUGAAGUGCCUGAUUACGCAACUCCUAAGAGCCGUGCAACAUCUCCAUGACCAUUUAGUGAUGCAUCGGGAUAUUAAGACGAACAAUGUUCUUCUUUCUCGAAAUGGUAUCCUGAAGGUGGCAGAUUUUGGGAUGGCUCGGGCGUAUGAAUCCCCUCCUCGGCAAUAUACGCCAGGCGUAGUAACACGCUGGUACCGCGCACCUGAAAUACUACUUCUGUCCAGAGAGUACUCCACUCCUGUUGACAUGUGGAGUGUUGGAUGUAUACUUGCCGAGCUGUUAACCUUGCAGCCACUGUUUCCCGGCAAAACUGAGGUAGAACAGUUGGACAAGAUAUUUAAGGAAUUGGGGACGCCUUCAGAAGCGAUUUGGCCCGGCUUCAACUCUUUACCGAUAGUACAACACCUAAUAUUCAACAGCUAUGCGCCAGGAGGCUUGCGAAAGAAGAUAGGCCGCGAUACACUUUCGGAUUGUGGCUUUUGUUUGCUGCAAGGGUUGCUUACUUACAAUCCGUUAAGUAGAACGACGGCAGCUGAUGCUUUAGAGCAUGAAUACUUUAAAGAGGAGCCGGUAGCGAUCGAGCCUUCCAUGUUCCUGACGUGGCCUGCUCGCUGCGCCGAGCCGGGUGAGGCUCUCACUUCUGGUUCACAUCAGUGCCAACUCGAAAGUGUUGAUUGA